AUGUCUUCUGCAGUAGCGGAGCUGGACGCCAUCCUGCAGUCCAUGCUCAAUCUCAAACCGCCAGGAGUUUCGGGCUCAAAGAUCACCGCCAUCACCUCACUCUGUACGGCAAACAUCCAAUCUGAAUCAGUCCUCAUCCAAAAGAUCUAUACCCAUUUCAAGAAGACACCAGGAACACACAAAUUGGGGGUACUCUACGUUAUAGAUUCUGUUACGAGACAAUGGGUAGACCAAGCCAGAAAAUCAGGUCAACAGCUGGGUAGCGGAGCUCCUGAUGGAACCUUUGCCGCUGGUGUGACUCGAGUGACUGAACUGCUGCCCGUACUCAUGAACGACAUCAUUGCUACCGCGCCAGAAGACCAGAAGGUCAAGAUCAGAAAGCUCUUAGAAAUCUGGGAGCGGUCGAACACGUUUCCGGCCCCGUUGCUUGCUUCACUGAAAGACAAGCUUGACGCGCCCAAAGUUUCCACCACACCUGAAGGAUCGCCAGCACCCGGAUUCGUGCCACUCGGUCAAACAGCUCCCACUGACAGCAUGGCGGCAAAGCCUCCACCGCAACAAGACACCUCAGCUAUCCUGGAAGCUCUCAAGAACAUGGCAAAGCAGAAUUCUGCAGCACCUCCUGCCAUUUCAGCACCCGCUCAAACUAGUUUGAAUAAUCUUUUAGGCGCACAGAAUGGGAUCCCUCUUGCGAACAGUACCGUAAAUCCCGGCCUUGCUCCCGCCGUCACCAAUGGGCCGGCUGUAAAUCAGCUUGGAGCUCUGUUCGCUGGAUUGAGUAAUGGUGCGCAAAGUCAGAGUCCUGCCAAUGUACCUGCAAACCCGCUUGCUGCUUUUCUUCCGCAACAGGCUCCUGCUCCAGCAGUGCCGCAAAACCCUGCUCUCCUAAGUCAAGAUCCUCAGGCUCAAGCUCAGGUUCAGUUGCAGCUAUUGCAACUGUUGGCUAGUCAAGGCGUCCCUCCAGACCAAUGGGCGACUGCUCUACAGUUGUUGAACAUGCAGGGCGCAGGAGGCGGUGUUGGUGUUGGUAGCGGUGGUGCCAGUGCGAGUGCCAGUGGCCUUGCAUUUCCGCCUCCUGUUCCAGCAAACAAUUGGGCAGGCCAGGCUCCAACGCCCGGGCCAUCACGUGAUGCCCAAACCCGUUCCCCUCCAGGUCAAUAUCGACGCCGCUCACGCUCUCCCGGUUAUGAUAGACGCAGAGACCUGUCUCCCAGACGUCGCCGAGAUAGUCCGGGGGCAGAUGGAUAUCGUAAUGAUCGCGAUGGCAGGCGAGGUGCUGAAUACCGCCAGCGGAGCCCGAUGGGUAGAAGACGACGAAGCCCUACCCCUCCCAGUGACUACCAGCUUCCACCGCCAGGCCCGAAGAACGUGCAGUGGGAUCCGACCCUUCCCAAAGGCCACAUCAAGGUUUUCAGUCGAACUCUCUUCGUGGGCGGCGUCACAUCGUCCGAACCACAUUUGAGAGGCUUGUUCAGUAAAUUCGGGGUGGUCCAAACCUGCAUUGUCAACAUCGAUAAACGCCACGCUUUCAUCAAGAUGAUUAAUCGCCGCGACGCAGAAAGUGCCCGUGACGGCAUGGAAGAAUACAAGGUGGGCGACAUGCAGCUCCGCACCAAAUGGGGUGUGGGCUUUGGACCACGUGACUGCAGCGACUAUCAAACCGGAAUUAGCGUCAUUCCCAUUGAACGUCUCACGGAUGCCGACCGCAAGUGGCUCUUGACCGCCGAAUACGGGGGCACUGGCGGUGCGCCGAUCCAAGAAGGCAUGGUGGUCGAAGAGCCUGACAUUGAAAUUGGUGCUGGGGUGUCCUCGAAAGCCAUGAGUCGACGCAUUGCUACUGACCAGGGCGGACGCCGCGGUCCUCAAUCUUCCCGCCUGCCUCCAGGACGUGACGACAACAGACACAGAGACAGUAAUCGCCGAAUGGACCGAGAUGACCGGCAAGGCGCGGGCAACCCAAACAACAUUGGUCUGAUGCCGUCAAUGGCUUUCCCCAUGAAUUUCGGCAACAUGUCCAACGGAAUACCCGGCUUCCCACCUGGAUUCCAGAUGCCUGCAUUCCAGCCACAAGGCAAGCAGGACUAA